GUUGUCUGCAAUGCAGACGUUGUUUUGGCUUGGUAACAGACGUGUGCGUUUCUAAAUUCUCGUUUACUUCUACAGAUUGACUGUUGAUUCAUGUUUUGUAAGCCUCUCGAUAUUAACUGGUAUUGAAUAUUGCCCAUCAUUCAAUUUUAUUACCGAAAAUGGCGAACUUUGUGGACUAUUCUUACUCGUCCUCGGACAGUGGUGAAUCUGAUUAUUCGGGCAAAUCUCAGUGUUUAGACUUCUCUUAUGCCAUGAUCAACAGUGAGUCAUUGUCUCAUAAUUUGGAAGCAAUCAUUUGUGAGAGUGGAUCUCACUUGAAAAGGGCAGACUACUAUGAAUCCAUGAUUUUGCAACACAACAGGCUGAACACCCUCCCAGAUUCUGUGGCCUUUUUCGUCAACAUUAAACUGUUGAAUUUAUCUGGGAACAACCUUACAUUCAUUCCAGAUUCAAUUCUAAUGUUGAAAAAUCUUACAUCUCUUAUUGCUAAAAAUAAUCGUUUAGAAGAUGAUGGCAUUCCCAAAAACCUUGGUAUCUGUAAAACCCUUAGAGAAGUCAACUUUAGUGGGAAUUGCUUAACUCGGUUUCCUGAACAGCUUCUUGAAUUAGAUGGUCUGAAAUUUCUUUAUGUGGGGGGAAACCAAAUUUCUGUGAUUCCCAACACAAUAGGACGUCUUCAAAGGUUGAAGGUCUUGUAUUUGGGUGGAAACUGUUUAACAGAGAUCCCAGCAGAAGUGGGUCAACUGGCAAGGUUGCAGGCCUUGGUUUUAUCUGAAAAUCAACUAGAGAACCUCCCCUCAACAAUUGUUCAGCUGAAGAAGCUUCGUACCUUGUUGUUGCACAAAAAUCAGUUGACCACUUUGCCACCUCAGAUUGUGGCUCUGAAAGAACUUAUGGAGUUGAGUCUGAGGGAUAACCCAUUGGUCGUUCGUUUCGUUCGUGACCUGACUUAUAACCCACCUACGUUACUGGAGCUAGCAGGGAGAGUUAUCAAAUCCAAUUGUGUUCCCUAUAAUACUUGGGAGAUUCCACAGCAUUUAGCUGCGUAUCUCGGAAGUGCACACCAAUGCGUCAAUCCGAAAUGUCAAGGAGUCUAUUUUGACAGUCGAGUUGAACAUGUCAAAUUUGUCGAUUUUUGUGGCAAGUACCGAAUUCCGCUGCUUCAGUAUCUGUGUUCACCCAACUGCACCAAAAAUCCCGUCUCCGUUGAAUGUUGUCCACUUGAUUCCGAUUCUGACAGCGGACGAUUGAAGAAAGUUUUACUGGGUUAAUAUUUUUUUACAAAUUGUUCUGCUUUGUGUACUUCAAAUGUCGGUGGUUUUGCCACAUUCAUACAUAAUUCUAAUUUCA